AUGAUGGAGAACGAGGACUGCGAGUAUCGCGAGGCGACGAACCUCACAGAAGCAUUUUUGGACUGUGCCCGCUACAACGACCACGGGGACGCAAGGGCGCUGCUCGUGUACCUCACCGAGACUCCGUCCCUCAUCGAGGCGAAAGACGAGCAGGGGCGUACGGCGGUACACGUAGCGGCGGCGAAUGGCCACAUCAGCGUGUUGGAGAUGCUUAUGGAGUUCGGCCCGACGCCGGACGUGCCGAACCACGAGGGUAACACUGCCCUCCACUUUGCUGCUCUCAACAACCAGCUGGAGGCUGCGCGGCUGCUGCUGGCGAGAGGGUGGCACACAACGGAGAGAAAUGCGUUUGAUAAAACCCCUAUUCAACUAAUUUACGGCAAAAACUUUGAAGCCAUGGAGACACUGCUCCUGGAACAUGACGAAGAGGUCGACAGAUGUGUGCGGAGCACUGUUGGCGUUUCUGAGGAUGAACAAAACACGACCGCAGCUCUGGAAGAAGCAGGAACGAUAGAGGGAGGAGGAGGAGAGAGAGAAGGCACAACACCAGGGAGUGGCAUACCCCACAUUAGCAGCAGUGCCCAGCAGCCAUUUAGUGAAAAGCAGCCUUCAUGUGGAGAAGCUGCGUCAGCCCCUGGGCCGUCUAAUUCACCACCACAAUACGAGGAUCCGACGAAGUUGUUGGGUUCCGCUGAUGUGGACGGUGUCGAGUAA